CCUCGUCCGCGCGGCGCGCAGAGGAUGACGGCCUCUGUGGAGGCGGAGGGGAGGGAAGAGCUCGGCUGGCGAGCCGUGCGGCACAGAGCCGCCAGUAGUCAGCCGGCACUUCGCCAACGCAGAGGCCCUCGUUCAGCCAGCUCUCUCUCCCGAUCGCACACUCGCUCGCAUCAGCACGUCUCUCUAUACUUUGCUCCCGUUCUUCUCGCGCCACUCGUCAGUGCGGCUCGACAUCGCGCACAAAGCUCGCAAGGACUUUGUGCGACCCCUUUCCUUUCCUUUUUUUUUUAUUUUUUUCGUUCGUUCAUUUUUCUGUACUGAGCGACAUGGCUUCGAUUGCCGCUAGAUUCGCGCUGAUCGCUCUCGCGACCUUGUGCUGCUACGCCUGGGCCCAGGAACUAAAGGUCGAGAAGGUCUAUGUGCCGGAGGUGUGCGACGUCAAGUCGAAGAAGGGAGACCAGCUGACCAUGCACUACACCGGCACGCUCCAGGACGGCACCAAGUUCGACUCAAGCUUGGACAGAGACCAACCCUUCACCUUCCAGUUGGGAGUCGGUCAGGUGAUCAAGGGCUGGGACCAGGGAUUACUCGACAUGUGCGUGUCCGAGAAGAGGAAGCUGACGAUCCCCCCAUCCCUCGGCUACGGCGACCGUGGAGCUGGAAACGUCAUUCCUGGAGGCGCUACCCUGCACUUCGACGUUGAGCUCAUCAACAUCAGCGACUCACCCCCGAACGCCAACGUCUUCAAGGAAAUCGAUGCCGACAAGGACAAUCAACUCUCCCGCGAGGAGGUAGGAACAAUGGUCAGCGAAUACCUGAGGAAGCAGAUGCUGGAAGCCGAGCAGGCCGGCGCCGGCGAGAGCGACGAGGUGAAGAAGAUGCUGGCUGACCACGACAAGCUCGUCGAGGAGAUCUUCCAGCACGAGGACAAGGACAAGAACGGCUUCAUCUCGCACGAGGAGUUCAGCGGACCCAAGCACGACGAGCUUUGAAAAACUCUUUCUUUACUCUCUAAGACACACACACAGCGAAACUCAAGCCUGCGAAAACGCCGACAAUUUCAACGCACUUGAUCCCGAUGAAAUCAUCAUUCUCCUCUGUUUAUUUUUACAGUGCAGGGAUCACCCUCUCCGCGGAUAAUUUAAACUACUUGAGGACAGUCGGUUUUAUCGGGGACACCGUUCCGCGGACUGGAAUCGCCGUGGGCUCGGAGUUUCGAAGUCUGCGAACGUCCGCUAUGGACCGGACUCGCGUGGAAACAUUCGCGCAAAUUUUCUCUUUUUUUUUUCUAUUUAAAGUGCUGCAUUAUUUAUAUUUUUUUUCUAUUUUUACAACGGCAAAUAACUUACGUUUUUUUGUGUGAAUUAAUCACCAAAACGUCCAAAUUGCCGAGUAUGUGCAAGUGGAAUAAUUGAGUUUCGCAUUUUUUAUAAUAAUGUGUACAUAUCGUUUUACUGCCGCUUAUUUGGACGUUUUGUAAAUUUAAGUUUUAAGCUACACUGCAACUAUCAUGCAUUUCUAUACUUUCUUCACCUUGCGUUUUACGUUAAUAAUGUCAAGUCUCCAAAAACAGCCUACAGACGAUCGCUUGAAUUUACACUAGCUCCGCUCUCUUUCGCUUUUUCGCUGAGUUCGUUUAUUCGAUCAUUUGGAUUUGUCAUGCAAGAAGUAUUUAGUUAGCUUUCAUGAUGCAACGCUUCCUGCUUUUUAUACAAAACGACCGUGUAAGAACACACAUUCGACGAUAGCCGAGUGCAGCGUUUUCGGUCAACGGCUCCAGCGGAUGCCGAAUAAUAAAACAAAACAAAAAAAACCAACGAACAAUAAAAACUGAACUGCUGUUGAGCAGAGAUAGAAUGAGAAAAAGGCAAAAAAUAAAAAGCGGGCCGAAGAGCAGGACGCAUCGGAAAUCGACUCGCCUCCUUUUUGCACCAGCGACAUUCCAGCGAAGCAACGCUGCACAGGACAGGCGCGGCGACGAAUAAAAAAACAACAAAUUCCAGGCAUGAACGGAAAAAGUUCUUGCACACGUACACCAUCGUUCAGAUGGACAUACACACCUAUGCAAACGAGCAAAAAAAAACGUUGAAGUGUACCGUGAUCCCGAUUCUCCAAGUGUAAAGUGAUCCUCCGGGCAUCAUUCAUGUGCUGGGGAGAAAGAAAAAAAAAUGGCGAAAACGAGAGGGAGAGAGAAUGAGUGCGAAUGAAUUUUUUACUCAAGUAUACGUGUAUAACGAAAGAGCACACAAAAAAUUAAUAAGUGAAGAUAUAAAACAAAUCUAUUCUAAGUUCGGCAGUGUUUCCCAUGUGAACUGUUACGAUAUAAGUGUGAUAUCGUUUUUUUACCUUGACAUUUUUCCAUAACGUUUUAAUUCAGUUGUCCAGUUUUUGUAUACAUUCGUACGUAGGUGUCGUUUUUAUAAAAUUUAACAAAGACAAAUAUUAGAGAGGAUGAAAAUUUACGAAUCCAACGGCAAUGUUUCGAGUCAGAUUUUUAUAUACACCUUUUAUUGAUUGAUUGACUGUAAUUGAAAAUGUUAUUAUAAUGCAACGAUAAUUUUUUUACUUUAAUUGUAUAGUAAUAAUAAUUAAUUAUGUAUACAUAAAAGAUAUAUAUUGUACACUUUCUUGUUGAAUUUUUCUUGAAGCUACAUUGUGCAUUCUACGCUUCCUCGAAGAUGUUCUUCGGUUUUUAAAUCUUUUUAAUGAUGUGACAAAAAUUAAUGAAAAUAAAUGGAAUAAAUUCUGUGAAUGCUAAUGAGUCAAUGGUGAAUCAAUUUUUGAGGCAAAAAUGUAUAACAUCAAGGUAUAAGUAAUCUACAAAGCGAAAUUGACAUCACUCUCGUUGCUAGCAUUAUUAAUGUAAAAUUAUGCGUUUUUAUUACCACAUUAUAUUGUAUGUUGUUAAAGUUGGACGAAGGUUAAUAAAUAAAUCGUGCAUCUCUAGCACAUUUUGUUAUGAAAA